GUAUAUAUAUGUAGACAUUGUUGAUAAGAAAAAAUAUUCAGUACCAGAUAAACACAACAACAAAAGAAAAAAUAUAGACAUAUCAUUUGCAUCAUGAAAUCUGUUAGUGCGUGUGUGGUUCUUUGUGUUCUCAUGUUUUUCGUGAUGUAUAAUGCUAAAGUGGAGGCAGAAGAUCGUCCACCUGUACUUGUUGAAUACUUUCCGGGAACAUAUUGUAGUCCAAUUCGUGCUCGGGGUCCUCAACAGUGCAAAGAUGAAACUAAGGAUCCUUACUAUCCUAAUUGCGUUUGUAUAAAUCAAGCAAGUGGACAUGAUUGUUCAUGUACUCAUUGAUAAGUUUCCUUUAUAUGUAUGCGUUACUGAAUCUUGAGAACUAAAUCUAUUUAAUAAAAAUUAGAUAUUUAUCUUUGAUUUAUGUGUCAUGGCCG